AAACCCUACCAAAACCUUUUCUUGGCCUCUCGCAACUCUAGGGUCUGCCAUUAAUGGAAACUACAAUAACCUUCUCUCCUCUUCUUUUCUUGUUCUUCAAGCAUAAAAUAACAAAUAUCUGAAAACCCUUUCUUCAAUUCAACCAAACCCCUGGAGUGGAGGGUUUAUGUAGCUUUUCUUUAACAGGAUUUUCAAGUAAGGAAAGAAGAGAGAAUGGGGAAAACGUAUGCAGUAGGGCUAAUCUCUGCUCUAGCAGCCUCUGCUUCUCUCUCCCAGACUAACUCCAUUGCCUUUGCUGAUACCCCUUUCAACUUCUCUACAUUAUUUCCCUCCUCUUCGUCUUCCACUACAUCAAAUGCUUCUUCUCAGUCUCCUUCAUUUUCUACUUCUGGUCAAUCUCCGCCCUCCAAUUCGGCUCAAUCUGCGGUGGCUAAUGCUGUGGAUUCUGUUCCUAAAGCUACAAGGAACGAUAACCCUAGGACGACGUCGGCUGGGUUCGAUCCGGAGGCACUCGAGAGAGGUGCCAAAGCCUUAAGGGAGAUUGCCUCUUCUAGUCAUGCUAAGAAGGUGUUUGAAGUGAUGAAGACGCAAGAAGCAACAAGGCAGGCAGAAUGGGCAGCGAAGGCUUCAGAAUUUAAGGCAACGCAAGCACAAGCUGAAACUGAGAGACAAAGGGUAAUAUAUGAUGAACAGAAAAAGUUGGCUCAACAUCAGGCACAAACUAAAUCCCAGAUGGCUCGUUAUGAGGAUGAAUUGGCAAGAAAAAGGAUGCAGGCUGAUAACGAAUACCAAAGAGCAAGGAAUCAGGAGCUUGUCAAACUGCAAGAAGAAUCAUCAAUAAGGCAGGAGCAAGCUCGACGAGCCACAGAAGAACAGAUUCAAGCACAACGGCGCCAGACAGAGAGAGAAAAGGCUGAUAUAGAACGGGAAACAAUCAGGGUGAGAGCUAUGGCAGAAGCUGAAGGGAGAGCCCAUGAAGCAAAGCUAGCUGAAGAUGUUAACAGGCGAAUGCUGAUUGAUCGUGCAAAUGCUGAAAGAGAGAAGUGGGUGGCCGCUAUUAAUACAACUUUUGACCAUAUUGGAGGGGGUUUACGAGCCAUUUUAACAGACCAAAAUAAGUUAGUUGUUGCUGUGGGAGGAGUGACCGCUCUUGCCGCUGGGAUUUAUACAACAAGAGAAGGUGCAAAGGUGAUUUGGAGCUAUGUGGAUAGAAUAUUGGGACAACCAUCACUUAUCAGAGAGUCUUCCCGAGGGAAAUACCCUUGGUCUGGAUUUUUCACCCGUACCAUGAGCACUUUAUCACAUAGUGCCAAUAAAGGGUCUUCCAAAAAUGGAAAUGGCUUUGGUGAUGUGAUUCUUCAUCCUUCUCUUCAGAAAAGAAUUGAACAACUGUCCAAUGCAACUGCCAAUACAAAAUCCCAUCAAGCACCUUUCCGAAACAUGCUUUUCUAUGGACCUCCAGGAACAGGAAAAACAAUGGCUGCCAGAGAGCUUGCUCGAAAAUCUGGAUUAGAUUAUGCAUUGAUGACUGGUGGUGAUGUUGCUCCGCUGGGAUCACAGGCUGUUACCAAAAUACACCAGUUAUUCGAUUGGGCUAAGAAGUCCAAGAGGGGUUUGUUGCUGUUCAUUGAUGAAGCAGAUGCAUUUUUGUGCGAGCGGAACAAGACCUACAUGAGUGAAGCUCAAAGAAGUGCACUCAAUGCUCUUCUUUUCCGCACUGGUGACCAAUCAAAGGAUAUAGUCCUUGCUCUUGCCACAAAUCGUCCAGGUGAUCUUGAUUCUGCUGUAGCAGAUCGUAUUGAUGAAGUCCUGGAAUUCCCUUUGCCUGGGGAAGAGGAACGCUUCAAGCUGCUCAAACUCUAUUUGGACAAGUAUAUAGCUCAGGCCGGAUCAAGAAAAUCUGGCGGUUGGUUUCAAAAUUUGUUCAAAAAACAGCAGCAGAAGAUUGAGAUCAGGGGACUGACUGAUGACAUCUUAAAGGAAGCAGCAGCAAAAACGGAGGGAUUUUCUGGGAGAGAAAUAGCAAAAUUGAUGGCAAGUAUCCAAGCUGCAGUUUAUGGGAGUCAGAAUUGUGUACUUGAUCCAAGCCUGUUUCGUGAAGUGGUAGAUUAUAAAGUUGCAGAACAUCAACAGAGGAGUAAACUGGCAUCAAAAUCAGAUGGAAAAAGUGCUUAGUAGUAUCGCUUGAAUUAUACUUGUUCUAUUGGGUUGUUUGUAGGUAGGUGAGCAUAUACUUGGUAACCAUAAAAGCCACAUUCUUUUUGGUUCAGGGCAUCAUGUUGUUCUCAUUAUUUGCCCCUGCUGAUGGGGGAUUUUUGGAUUUUGCUUAUUCGAGUAUAUUAUUAGAUGUCA